GCUUCCAUUGAAUGUCGUGUAUUCCUUUCUGGAAACCUUAUAAUAAUAGAAAGAAUGGUAACCGUGUGAAGCUUCCAAAUCACGACGCUUAUCACAAACAAUGCCUUCACUUAUUACAUCGUAAAGCCACCUUUUUUAACUACAAAAACUGAUCUAACUUUAUGCUAUCGUACGCCGAGUGCACCUCCACACUCUACUACUGGAAAUGAGAGGCUCUGCUACUGGCCUGCAACUACAAAUACCAACCCAUUGCCUUUGUCCAGCUGAGCUCACUCUCAAAAAGCUUACUUUGAAUUCCCAUUUUGGCAUUUUCACUUCACUUCUUUCCCACCUUCCAAUUGCUUGCUUACCAGGAAGAUAGAGAUCUAUGGAUUUGAGUAGAUUCCACUACUUUACCUCUUUGAUUAUUAUUCUCUUCAUUUCAGUAUUUGUGCUCGGUGUGAGCUCAGUUGGGAUCAAUUAUGGCCAAAUUGCUAAUAAUCUUCCAACCCCAGAGAAUGUAAUACCAUUACUGAAAUCAAUUGGUGCAACAAAAGUGAAGCUGUAUGAUGCAGAUCCAAGAGUUCUCAAAGCUUUUGCAAACACUGGAGUGGAGUUCAUUGUUGGUUUGGGCAAUGAGUACCUAUCGAAAAUGGAAGACCCAGAUGAAGCUACAGCUUGGGUCAUGCAAAAUGUACAAGCUUAUUUACCAGCUACAAAAAUCACUUGCGUCACAGUAGGCAAUGAAGUUUUAACCUUUAACGACACUUCUCUAUCUGGGUCUCUACUUCCUGCAAUGGAAAGUGUCCACACUGCAUUAGUCGAUCUAGGACUAGCGGACCAAGUCACUGUCACUAGUGCACAUUCUUUAGCCAUUCUUGAAACCUCUUUCCCACCUUCAGCCGGAGCCUUUCGUGAAGAUCUGGUUAAUUUAAUUGCUUCAAUCCUGGAAUUUCUUUCUAAAACUGGAUCACCCUUCUUGAUUAACGCUUACCCUUAUUUUGCUUACAAAGGAAAUCCAAAGCAAGUACCCUUAGAUUUUGUAUUAUUUGAGCCAAACCAAGGAAUAGUUGAUCCCUGGUCCAAUCUUCAUUAUGAAAACAUGUUAUUUGCACAGAUUGAUGCAGUUUACUCGGCACUUGGUUCAGUGGGUUACAAGAAACUUACGGUUCACAUAUCGGAGACAGGGUGGCCAUCUAAAGGAGAUGAAGACGAAGCAGGUGCAACAAUAGAGAAUGCGAAGAUGUAUAAUGGGAAUUUAUUUAAGUUGGUUUCGUCCAAGAAAGGGACACCAAUGAGACCCAAUAGUGAUUUGAUUAUAUAUGUAUUUGCUUUGUUUAAUGAAAAUAUGAAGCCUGGACCUACUUCCGAGAGAAAUUACGGUCUGUUUAAACCAGAUGGAGCGCCUGUUUAUGCACUCGGGCUUAAUUCCAUUACCAACAACACUAGUGUUUCCUUGCCCGGUCCACUUUCUGCUCCUACCAUGCCAGACACUUCUAUUUCUUCCAGUGGUUAUUUGUCCAUUUCUUCAGCUCCGGAGAGAAAAGUCAAUUACGGCGGUUUCACGUUUACGUUAGUUAUGAUGGUCUGGUGCUCUAGUAGAAUUCAACGUUACUCCAACUAAAGAAUAAGAUGCAACAGUUUGGAUGCCAUUGGAGUCGGGGAAGGGAAAAGUGAAAUUCUUAACACUGUCUGUACCUUUCCAGUAAAGUAGGUUCUCUUAUCAACCCCCUACACCGCAUAAUCCAAGCUUUUUUGUGGAUCCU